GCCGCCCCUGCGCGACUCACGGGCACCGGGCGCACCCGCCGCCGCCGGCCCCCCCACCCCGCCGCCGCCGCCGCCGCCGCUGCCGCCGCGCACCCCCGGCCCCCGAGCCCGGCGCUGCAGGAUGCCGGGGGGCAAGAGAGGGCUGGUGGCACCGCAGAACACCUUCCUGGAGAACAUCGUCCGGCGCUCGAGCGAAUCCAGUUUUCUGUUGGGAAAUGCCCAGAUUGUGGACUGGCCUGUAGUUUAUAGUAAUGACGGUUUUUGUAAACUCUCUGGAUAUCAUCGAGCUGACGUCAUGCAGAAAAGUAGCACUUGCAGUUUUAUGUAUGGUGAACUCACAGACAAGAAGACCAUUGAAAAAGUCAGACAGACUUUCGACAACUAUGAGUCAAACUGCUUUGAAAUCCUCCUCUACAAGAAAAACAGAACCCCAGUUUGGUUCUACAUGCAAAUUGCACCUAUAAGAAAUGAGCAUGAAAAAGUGGUUUUGUUCCUGUGCACUUUUAAGGAUAUCACUUUGUUCAAACAACCAAUUGAAGAUGAUUCAACUAAAGGUUGGACAAAGUUUGCUCGGUUGACGCGGGCCCUGACAAACAGCCGGAGCGUGCUGCAGCAGCUCACGCCGAUGAACAAGGCCGAGGUGGUGCACAAACACUCCCGGUUAGCCGAAGUUCUCCAGCUGGGAUCUGAUAUUCUUCCUCAGUACAAGCAAGAAGCUCCAAAGACUCCACCACAUAUUAUACUACACUAUUGUGCUUUUAAGACCACUUGGGACUGGGUCAUCUUAAUUCUAACCUUCUACACAGCAAUUAUGGUUCCAUAUAAUGUCUCCUUCAAGACAAAACAGAACAACAUUGCCUGGCUUGUGCUGGACAGUGUCGUGGACGUUAUUUUUCUGGUUGACAUUGUUUUGAACUUUCAUACGACCUUUGUUGGCCCUGGUGGAGAGGUUAUAUCUGAUCCCAAACUCAUAAGGAUGAACUACCUGAAAACGUGGUUUGUGAUUGAUCUUCUGUCCUGUUUACCGUAUGACAUCAUCAAUGCCUUUGAGAACGUGGAUGAGGGGAUCAGUAGCCUCUUCAGUUCCCUAAAAGUGGUGCGUCUUCUACGACUUGGUCGAGUUGCCAGGAAGUUGGACCAUUACCUGGAAUAUGGUGCUGCUGUACUGGUACUGUUGGUGUGUGUGUUUGGACUGGUGGCCCACUGGCUAGCCUGCAUAUGGUACAGCAUCGGGGACUACGAAGUUAUAGAUGAAGUCACUAAUACAAUCAAAACAGAUAGCUGGCUCUACCAAUUGGCGCUGAGUAUCGGGACACCAUAUCGAUACAACACCACUGGCUCAGGGCAGUGGGAAGGAGGACCCAGUAAAGACUCCUUGUACAUAUCCUCUCUCUACUUUACCAUGACAAGCCUUACAACAAUAGGAUUUGGAAACAUAGCACCAACCACUGAUGGAGAGAAGAUUUUUUCGGUGGCCAUGAUGAUGGUUGGCUCUCUUCUUUAUGCAACUAUUUUUGGAAACGUCACCACCAUUUUCCAGCAAAUGUAUGCCAACACCAACCGAUACCAUGAAAUGCUGAACAACGUGAGGGAUUUCCUAAAAUUAUAUCAAGUCCCAAAAGGCCUUAGUGAAAGAGUCAUGGAUUAUAUUGUCUCAACCUGGUCCAUGUCUAAAGGAAUUGACACAGAGAAGGUUCUCUCAAUUUGCCCAAAGGACAUGAGAGCAGAUAUUUGUGUGCACCUAAACCGGAAAGUUUUUAACGAGCACCCUGCCUUCCGGCUGGCUAGCGACGGCUGCCUGCGAGCCCUGGCUGUGGAGUUUCAGACGAUCCAUUGCGCCCCGGGGGACCUCAUCUAUCAUGCUGGGGAAAGCGUUGAUGCUCUUUGCUUUGUGGUCUCAGGAUCCCUAGAAGUCAUCCAGGACGACGAGGUGGUGGCUAUUUUAGGUAAAGGCGAUGUGUUUGGUGAUAUCUUCUGGAAGGAAACCAGUCUGGCCCAUGCAUGUGCCAAUGUACGGGCUCUGACGUACUGCGAUUUACAUAUUAUUAAACGAGAAGCCUUGCUUAAAGUGUUGGACUUUUACACUGCUUUUGCAAACUCGUUCUCAAGGAAUCUCACGCUCACCUGCAAUUUGAGGAAACGGAUCAUCUUCCGGAAGAUCAGCGAUGUCAAGAAGGAAGAAGAGGAGCGCCUGCGCCAGAAGAACGAGGUGACGCUGAGCAUCCCUGUGGACCACCCUGUGCGGAAACUCUUCCAGAAAUUCAAACAGCAAAAGGAAAUGCGUAAUCAAGGCUCAACUCACAUCGACCCGGAAAGGAACCAGCUUCAGGUGGAAAGCCGGAGCGUGCAGAAUGGGGCCUCCAUCACAGGCACCAGUGUGGUCACUGUGUCCCAGAUCACCCCCAUCCAGACAUCCCUGGCUUACAUGAAAACCAGUGAGGCUGUGAAGCAGAACAACAGGGAUGCAAUGGAGCUCAAGCCAAACGGAAACGGAGACCAAAAAUGUCUGAAAGUAAACAGUCCCAUACGGAUGAAAAACGGGAACGGGAAAGGGUGGCUUCGACUGAAGAACACGAUGGGGACCCACGAGGAGAAGAAGGAGGACUGGAACAACGUUACGAAGGCUGAGUCCAUGGGGUUACUGUCCGACGACCCCAAGUGCAAUGACUCGGAGAACGGUGUAAAUAAAAACCCACUGAGGAAAACAGACUCUUGUGACAGUGGAAUAACAAAAAGUGACCUUCGCUUGGAUAAAGCUGGUGAGACUCGCAGCCCCCUGGAGCACAGCCCCAUUCAGGCUGAUGCUAGGCAUCCUUUCUACCCUAUUCCUGAGCAGGCCUUACAAACCACGCUGCAGGAAGUCAAGCACGAACUCAAAGAAGAUAUCCAGCUGCUAAGCAGUAGGAUGGCUGCCCUUGAGAAGCAGGUGGCAGAAAUUUUAAAAAUAUUGUCUGAAAAGAACGUACCCCAGAUCUGUUCCCCCAAGUCUCAUUUAUCACCCCAGAGGCCCCCCCAGAUACCCUGUCAGGAUAUUUUUAGUGUUUCAAGGCCUGCAUCACCUGAAUCAGAAAAAGAUGAAAUCCACUUUUAGCAUAUACCUAUGUGUAUAUAUGUAUACAGUAUAUAUGCAGAGGUGUAUAUAUACCUUUAUACAUAUAUAUGUGUGUGUAUACAGUAAAUAUAUAUACAUAUAUAUUUUCACUUGCAUCCAAUAUGACUUGAACACACCAAGGAUUUUGAUAUGUAAAUAUUGCAUGUCCAGCUGGAUUCUGGCCUGCCAAAGAAAACAAUUAUUAACAUAGAUAUUGCUUGUAUAAUAUGCAGUUGACUGCAUGCACACUUUACAUUUAUUUAUAAUCUCUAUUAUGUAAUAAAAGAAUGACUUUUGUUUAACAAAGGCAAUGUACUAUUUAAAGAAUCAGGGUCUAACCUGCCAAUAUUGCCAUGACAGUUUUGAUCUCAGGCUGGGUGAAUUGAGCUUUUAUUUCCUCACUGUCUUUUCUGCCGAGUUAAACAGUAGAUUAACGUGACCACAUGGAGGACACAUUCAGACUCCAAUUAGUAUUGUUUCCUGGUAUCAUCCCAUUACAAUAUACUGUAUAUUUGGUGAUUAAUUCCCCUACUCCUCCUAAAGGGAGGGCUCAGCUCCGUGGCCAGGGAAGGGCACCACGUCUGGUGCUGGAGUGGAUCACUGGAAUUUAGUCAUGUGGGUAUCGUGCAUGCACAGCCUUUUAUUUGAAGUAUCCUCCUGCUAUUUUAACAUUGUAAGUAAGAAAUAAUAACAGUGAUUUAUGUAACAAAAUGAAGCUAACAGAAACUCUCUCAGCUGCACUCCCUGUGUGUUUGGGGGUAACCUCUUUCUUGAAAGCCUCCUUUUACUGAUGCCAUUUUUACUGAACUGUUAGAGUAACAUUAUGUAGAUUCUCUUCGCAGCACUCAGCGAUGUUGUCCGGUUCUGUCAGUAUCCUUGUUAGGAUGUCCUGUUUUUGCAGGGUUGAAGUUGCUCUCCCACUGUCCCACUCCAUUGCCCCUGGCAGAAAGACUUUGCACAAGGUCUGAGCGAGGGAGAGGGCAAGCAUAGCUCAGCUCCUCAGGAGCCAUGUGAGCAGGUUUGAAAGCCUGAAGUUAAAAGGCUGCAGUUAAUUUCCUUCCACUCUUUUUUCUGAGGACAUUUAUCAGCCUGCAACUGCCUUUGAGAAGUAGAGAAAAUAACUGGUCAGGAUGAAAUUCCCGUUAGUCCAAGGCAUCUGGAUGAUAAUGGUUGGGUGGGAGAGUGGUGGGUGUGUUGGGGAGAUGAAGCCCUCCCUAGGGUGCUGCCCGCUGUUCUUGCCUUGGACUCAUGGAAGGUUUUGGUGCAUGAGGUGGGGCACACUUCAAGAGCAGGCUUGCAGUGCCCACGCAGCCAGUCGUCACCUGUACUAAGUCCUUUAGGUCUGUGUCAGAUGCUCUAACCCUUCUCUUAACUGGCUCCCAUCAGCAUCUCCCAGUCUGUACCAUGGUCAGACCCCAUCCCCACCCCCUAGGCUGGAACAUCGCCCUCCACGCGGUGCUGCUGGCUUCGCAGGGCUGCAGCAGGGCAGGCUCUUGCUCUGGAUCCUGUUUGUUCCUCUGUUUGGAGCUGAGGUUUUGGGCUCUACCUGGGUCUGCACCUGAGUGUGGUGUGGUUUUUUGCCUCUCCAUUUGUACUGGUUUUGAAUCCAGAUACACGUGAUGCAUAGCAGAAAUGGCCAUCGCAGCUUCAGCAGUGUUAACUGGUACAGCUUGAGGCCAGCCCAGCAGAGUGCAAUUGGUCCUUCAGAGAAGGAUUUCCCCUCCACACUUAAAUGGCCUCUUGCAUCAAGAUCCCGUAUUUUCAAAAGUGCCUAGAGUAAAACAAGACAUUACUAUCAAUCAGGUAAAUAAAAGACAUGUUUAUAAUUAGUGGGCAUCCUUACCAGACACCAAUACCAGAUCCAUUGCUUAAUAUUCAUAAACUAAACUGAACUAAACUACAUUGCUUCCUGAAAAACUAAAAAAAAAGCAAAACCAAACAAAAAAAAUCAAAACCAAACCAAACAAACAAAACCCAAAAAACCCUAUCAUUUGCAGUAGGGGCAAUUAGGAACCCGCAUCUUAGGGUGAUCAUAUCUUCUACUGUGAAAUCCAAACCCAUAAACCCAAAAAAGUUCAUAAGAAAGCCAUAGAAGUCAUUGCUUCCAUUGUGUCAAUUCCUAGAGGUUUUUUGGAAGAUGGAGGUCUUUCUCAUUUGUUGUUCCUUUCUGGCUGGUUUCUGCCCCUUCUCCAGUUCCUUUAUUUAGGAAAUUAUAGACAAAAAAGGAAGAACAAAAAGCCACCGAAAGGGACAACUCUUCCCAAAGCCUAGUGGUCAGGCUGCCUGCUCAUUAUAGUUUCCCACAGCUGCAGUUGCCAAUGUCAAAACUUUCAGGUGUGUUUGGCAGCUACUGUUCUGAUGCAAGUGCAAAUCUGUAACUCUGCAACCAUGCUUUGGUCUGCAAGGGCAAACGGCAGGACCUUCAAGGUCCUAGUCGUCCUAGUCUAAAUCCUACCCUGGGACUUUGAAAGAAUCAGGGGGUUAUAGUGUUAGGGAGUUAUGGGGUUGCUGCAGGUUGCUGGAGUAUGUGCAGACCUUGUGGGUACAAUUUAAGUGCCAAGCUUUGAAGAUUUAAAUGUUCUUACCUGACUUGGAUUGAUGGUUAAGAGACACACAACAACUGCCCAGAGCUGCCCAGUGACUAGCUGAGUCACAUAGGCUGUCUGGGGGCCAGAUUUUGGUAAAGUUCAUUGAAUGCAUGAAUCUGUUGUGAUGAGAUGCUGCAAAAGAGCCAUCAGGGUAAUGGGUAUGACUUUGUUAGAAAGCUUUAGCCUUAAUGGCAUUCCUCUGCCUUUGUGAAGGACUUCUUUUCUUUCUCUGUAACUGAUAUUAAUUCUAGAUGGAACUGCAUGGCAUGCAAAGGGAUCUCUGUUUAGGUUUAUCUUGCAAGUCAGGUGUAACUUGGUGCCACUUUACAAUGAGAGAACAUGUAACAGGAUUAAUCUGGCCUUGGAAAAUAUUUGAGCCCCGAAUGUCUAUUACAGUUCAAGUUUAACUCAACUGGUUAAAACAUGUAGUGGCUAAAAGCCAUAAAUAGUGUAAAAUACCACGUUCAUGAAACAAAUACAGUGUUUCCAGGUCCACAGCUAGUACUGCUUUGACUCUGAUAUGCCAAUCUUGUCCACUGCAAGUUCAGCUUGUACCCUGUAUGAGGCAGUAGCGCGAUGGGUGUCUUGCAAACAUGAUGAAUGCAGCCUGCAGAUGGGCUAUCCCAGGCUCUGUGUGCUGGGGCUGCAGCUGGAGGCCCAACUUGCAGGAGUGACUCUGGUGGCUAUUGCUCUGAAAACUUGGCUUGUACAAUUCUGAAGCACUUUGCCUCCAAAAUUUCCUGAUCGGAGCAUUACAUGUUGUUUCAUGGAGUUGUUAUGGAGGCACUGAUUCAGCUUUCCCGUCGCCUCGCGGUUGUGCAUGAUGCAGUUCGGCUCUGGGUGUGCCGGCUCAAGCAGCAGCGUUGGACGAGAUGAUCUCGAGAGGUCCCUUCCAAUGCCCAUGAUUUUGUGAUGCUGUGUGAUUCUGUGCUGCGAUUGGGGCGUUCCUUUUCUGUUAAAGCAUGAGUCAUAGUCUUGGUCUUGUAGUUCAGGCUUGACUGAAAGCAACCACCUUUAGUCAUUAAGUGCAAUAAGGACACAAAUGUGUCUCUUCCGCCUAAGCCAAUGCUCAAGCAGCUACCUGCCACGUGGAGGGAGCUCUUGGCUGCAUGCUUCCCUUUCCUUUGAGAGCUGUAUACCAGUACGGAUCCUGCCACACGCUGGGAGCAGCAUUCUUAGCACUUACCUUGUGCUUUGUGUGUUCAAAGCGUUUUACCUGCACACAAGUGGAUUUUAUCUUUCCAGACUUUGAAAUAGAAACAAAAUAUGUACAGAAAAGUAAACACUUUCCAAAGCAAAUGAACUACAGUAUCUUUAAUAGUAUUUUUGUGUAAUAAAAGAUAGAACAGCACUUAAGGAUAACAGCUGAAAAAAAUUAAUUGUUGUAAUGAAGAUCCAGUUCUUCUGAAUUUAUAUUUGUAAAUCCUUUUUUCCCUCCUUCUGUCUUUGCCAGGGGUUAGAGCAGAGCUGACUCUGGAAGUGACAGACUUAAGCUUUGCCCAUUUCUCUUUUCCCUGUUCUGGAGAAGUAGCACAACUAUAGGGACUCGAUGCUGCAGGCACUGACGUUUAGGCUCAUUGCGAGAUUCUGAUUCAGUCUUCAUUUACCACCACAUGGUAAGAAACCCUGUCACACAGGUGUGAACUGAAGGCUGAAUCUGAUGAUCGUAUUGGACCUUAAAGUCUAUUUUGGAUCCCAGAAUAUUUUAGAAAACUGGCAGCUGCAGCAUUAUCGUUGUAUUGCUUGCAAGCCUUGAGCAGUUGCUCUGGAAGUAACUGAGACUGUUACAGAGAUGUCAUCAUUUGCAUGGGUCAGAAAACAGAUGCGAUCAUGAAAUAGCUUGGAGGCUUUUUGGGGCAAAAGAUGUCCUGAACUGGAAGGGAAAAUAAAAAGUCAAAGGUUUGAUAAGGAAUUUGGGAAUGAGGAGGUAGAGGGAUGUAUUAUAAUGAAUUGACACUUUUUUUACUUGGAUUUUGAGUAUUUAGAAAAGACAAACCUAUCUUUUUGGAUGUCAGAAUUGGACAGAACAUUUGUUAAAAUAAGUAUUCUUUUCCUAAGUGAGGUGGCAUCAAAGUGAUACCUGUUCAAACUGUUCAAAUACCAUUUUCCUAUAGAAGAGAGUUUUAACAGCUUUUGUUAUAAUUGUUUUCAAUAGGCUGUAUGUAAAGGCUUUUUUUCAGUUCUGUUUUUGUACCAGAAGCUCCUGUGUUAAAACAUAUCUUUAGGUCGAUACGCUCUAUAAUGCUUUAUAGUCUUGCUGCUGACAUUCUUGUUAGAGAGGGUUUGAGAAGUAGGAUUCCUUUGGAGAAAGGCGUCUCUCCGUGGCGGCCUGGGCUCGGUGACUCUCCCAUCCUGAGCUGCAGCGAGAGCUGUGAGCACUAAACAGCAGUAGUUUGCAUUUUUCUUGGCACUUCUGGAUCUGCACUGAUUUCCUUCAGGGAAUUUAAGGAAGGAAAUAGAAAAGUUGACACCGUCAUUUUUCCUGGACGACCCCAGUCCGUCACCUAUGUCUGUGCCACCAGAGCAGUGUUUUCCCCAUGGAGCCUACAGGGAGGAAAAGUUUGAUUUAGCUAGAUUUCCACAUCUGGGUAUAGUUUUUGUAACUGUCUUCUUUUUAAUUUUUUUGGUACAAACAGGUAACAUGAUCUCUACAUUUUUUUGUUGGCUUUAAUAUGUUAUAGAGCAUUGCAAAAUUAAAUACAUUCUUAAAGCAGAGUGCUGAAUGGAGCUAAAAUAGACAAGAAGUCCACAUUAUUUCUGGCAGAAAAGCAGCAAAUUUUCUUACUGACAUAAAGAAAAUUUUGCAAAGAUGAGCUUUGUGAUACCUAACAAAUGACAAACAAAAUCAAAUCAUUCUUACUGAGGGUGCAUUUAAUUAUACAGAAAAUUGACCUUGUAUUGCACUGUGGGACAAGAAGGCAUAUAUUGAUUUUGAAUACUCAAAUGAUAGAAGCAUUCAAAAAGGUCUUGACCAGGCAAUGAUAAAUAAAUUAUAUUAAUUUAUUGUUGUGUUACUCAGCCUCCUGAUGCACGGCCGGUGGAACCAGGCACCUAGGGUAAUAUUCCCACAAACCUUUUUAUCCAUUGUCUAUAAAACAAAUAAGUGCAUUUCUUCAUUAUUUUCUGCUUGGAGAUGUAAGCUUGCUUGGCCCACAGUCUGAGACUCUUGGUGUGCACCAACCCUAUAUCUGGCUGUCUGCCAGGAAUACAUCAAUUAGCCUUAAUUAAAAGCCCAAUAAAAAGGAUUUUCUAUUAAGUUGGGCUCAGCCUGUCCCCCCCUUCCCCCCGUUAAGUGACGUGUCUCUGUGUUAGCUGGUUCAGAGCAGAUUCAGUUCAGGCUGAGCAAUGUCAGAGUAUGUUUCUGCCUGCCUGCAAAGGAUGUAUAGAUACAUCAUAUGUAUCUAUACCUACCCAUUUGGAAUGGGGACUCAGAUGUGGUCCAUUUAAGACAGGUCUUUCAGACAGGUGGGAUAAGUUGUCCUCUGGAGGUGCCAGUCUCUCAUCAUUUACUGUAGAGUAAUGACUUUAGAUUAGACACUUGAUUUGUAGACUGCUAGAGGGUAAAUGAAGUGAAUCCAACCCAUAACUCAAGCUCCCAGCCUGAUUUCCUUCGUAUAAAAAGGUACCUCUAAAAGGGACCACUUACCAUCUUUCCAGCACAGAAGCACUUUCAUACAGGUGACUAACAGUACAUGGAACAUAGAGAUGUCUCAGCGUGCAGCCAGAGACAGUGUGUUCAGCUCCUAAACUGCUAGUGAGAGCUCCAUAAAGACAUUCAGAUGCUCAGUUCCUGGCCUGUAGCGAUCAGUUUUUUAACUUUUUAUCCCAAUGCCGUGACAGGAUAGUCCAGGGACCCAUAUUUUCACAGGUGUAUAGCAGCUGAGAUGCUCUUCAUCAUGAUGCACAAUGCCAAGGCACAGGGGAAUCACCAGUCACUUUUGGACUGCCACUUUUGUGGGACCUUUGGCUGCUCUGGGGUAUUGAGGAUGUUAGGAGUCUUAUUGCUGAGCUGUGUCAUUCAGUGGAAAGAGGCCAAGGCUUGGAAUUGUCCAACAAAGGGAAAAACUGUAGUGAAGAACUUCCAAGGUAGACAGAGAGUGACUGACGGUCAGGCGAUUGCCCACACCACAGCAGAGCCCUGGCUCUGUGCUGUGCAAUGGGAGGAGAGAGCGGAGAGGGAGAAGAAAGGAUAUAAAGAAUGGUGUCCUAAAAUGGUGACAAAAUUUUACUGAAGUCAAUACUUACCAGUCUGUGCGUAGUGGCUGUUUGCGUCUUCAUCAUUUAUUUAUUUGGAAGUUGGCAGACUCCUCUUUCCUUCAGGUGGCAUUUAAGGAUGAGGCUGGCAGCCCUUCUGGGGAGGCAACUGUGGGACAGGGAAGGACCAUUAAAGGAUACUCAAAUACAGAUGCCCAAAAGGGAAAAUGUGGGCUUCAGGAGAGCCAAAGCCCUUACAGCUUGCCAAAGACCUGUAAGGACAGGGGAUAUAAUAUCCAAACUGUGUAGCAUCAAUGUAUGGACUUUAUAGUUGAAGUUGUCGCUGCUUUGAGCAGGGCGGUUGUACCAAACAAUUUCCAGAAGGUCCCUUCUCAGCUAUGUUGUUUUACUAUUCAGUGAUUCUGUAGAUUUUAAUAGCACAAACAGAGAGGAGGUAAAAUUCAAAGGUUCUUUGUUAUGUUCCAUUACUUUCUGGUUUCCAAUUUAAAUACCAUACUGAGGAAUGUGGUGCCAAUUUUCCAGAUAAUGAAUAUUUCUAAGAGCUGAUACUAAUCAAGCAGACACCAGGGAAAUUUGGCAUAUUCUAAAACUACGGCAUAUAAAUAAAUUAAGCCCUUCACUGGGCAUCAGCUAACAUCCACACUUGAUGCAAAUACUGAGAUAAAUGUCUUAGUGACCAUGCAGUUUCUGGAAGCAGCAGGCUAGUAUGGAUGCAUCAGCAGCGCCCACUCUCUCUUCCAACUUCUUUUGCAGCCCAGUGGAAGGUGACUGUAAUACCUGAAAAUGCCAUCCAAAAAGCAGUAGCAUUUGAGCUGAUUUUCAGAUUUGUGCUGGCAGACAUGCACAGCCAAGGCUAUAGGACAUGUGUGAAGGGCAGUGGCAAGCAGGUAUCUCAUUAGUGGCUAGGUCAGCAGGUGAUUCUCACCCCUCUGGAAUCAGCCCUCUCCUCUCGCUGUCAGAGUGUGGAUGCCAUUGGUGAAAUGGCCUGGGCUUGACCAAAAGGUCUGGGUAUGUCCGUGGGGCCCAUGCAUAUCCCUAGAGUCUGACCCAGCCCCAUUCCCAGGCUUAUUUCCUGCUUUUCUAGGCACAUUCCAAGGUUUACACCUGGCCCUAUUAGGUUAAACUGAAAAGCUAUUUUCCAGACUCUGUAACCUCCUCCAUAUCCCUCACGAGGCUACUCAAAAAAAUCCUUUCCAAUCUGUGGCUUAGCAGCAAGUCUCCAAAUAAAUCAGGGAUAAUAAGGCAAACCUUAUGCCAUCUCUGUGCAUCAUUUUAUUAAACAAACCUUAAUUUUUAUUUUAUUUAUGGUUCUUUGGAAAAUCUUGAACAGUACAGUGACCCAUAGAGUAGCAGGAAUUGGAGUGUUCACAUUUUUUAAUGAGCUAGUUUGAGAAGGGGAACUCAAGUGAGACACCAGCUUCACACUCAGUCCAGCAACUGCCAUGUGUGACCAUUUCCUCAGGUUUCCUCCUCCAGUUCCACCUUAGGUGAACUUUACCACCGGUGGCACUUUGAACUGAUGCCUUGCAGUGCCAGUAAAAGGCCUCUUCAUUUCCUCGGGCAGACGCUAGGGCUCUGCUCAACAUUUCCAUGUGCGGUAUGCCAGGACAUGCAGGCGCUUUCCUGUCCUGGGCUUGGUUUCAGAAGAAUUUCCUGAGUUGUUGCACCUCUUCUCUCUGUCACUGCUUUGUUUUCCUAGAAAAAAAACCCUUUUGUGCUCAUGGGCUGAUGGGGCAGGAGAGGACACGCUCGGCUCAUUGCAAGCAGGCGUGGAGCGAUGCAGUACGCUGCACUUUCUGGCUGAUCAGUUGGGAAUCCAGUUGCAUCCAAGGCUGCUGCCAGGAUAUUAGUCAGAGGUCACAGUUCAGUUUGUAAAUUGGGUGUCUUACCUGAGCUCUCAUGGAAAAAGUUUUGGGUUUUUUUUUUUCUAAAGCAAAACAAAAUUUCUGCUCUGCUUCUAAUUAGUCCUCUGUUCUCCCUGCAGGAUUAAUUACUGCCUUCUUCACUUGUAUCAACAAAUGCUGUUUGGCAACAGCUUCUUUUUUUUUCAUUUUAGGUAUAAUUAGGAGUCCUGACAUUACAAACAAGCUUAGUCAGGUGGUACUUAAAAAUUACAGGGCUGAAAUGUCACCUAAACUAGCAGUUUAAACCUAGCUUUUAAAUACCAACAACCUCAUUGGACUCGCUGCGUGUUCAGAGCUCAUCACUUUGGGUCAUCAGUACGUCUGUGUGACUGUCUUUCUCCUGAAAUCAAUAAGAGAAGGGUUUUUGUUCUGCGGGGUCUGCCCAUGGUGUGGCUCUUAGAAAAGGACUGUGGGUGCACGGGUGCAAUGGCACCUCCCAACUCUUCCUACUGCCCAUUGAUGCUCUAUAGAUUCCCAGUCACGUUUGUUUUUUUUUUUUUACUUAAAGGAAGGGCUGAGUGCCACCAACUGCAUAAUUCUAUCAGGUGGUAAAUUCAAUUUAUUGAGUGGGAGAGGCAGUAGCUAGCAAUAAGGCAGUAUUUGGGUUUUAAAAAUCUGUCUUGUGGGAAUUGGGCAAGCUACCAGAAAGACAAUAAAGAUUUAUUUGGCAAUGCAUGCCAAAGGAAUGCUACACAUGUGAGCGAGAGAAUUUAUUGAUACCAGUGAAAAAGCUCAUUAGUGUUAAAGUGCAAAGCAACUCUGUAAACAUACCUUUCAACUGUCCCAAUAAAAUCCCUGUACUCAGACAAGGGGAACUAAGGCUUCUUUCUGUGGAGUGCAGAACUGACUAAUCAGCUUUCCUAGGAAACUUGCACGCAAAACAUGUUUCCUCAAAUGUAAUAAUUAGCACUAUUUUACUAGCUAUUUUACAACUAACAUCCAUAUAUUUCCCCUGCCAGUAGUUUCACAGUGAUUCAAAGAUGCUCCUGAAGCUGGUACUGCAGUAUUUCUCAUUGGACAGGUCCGUUCCCUUCCUUGCUUGUCACUGAUUGUCGACUCUUUGCCCCUUAAGAGAGCUUGUGGCCCUGUAAGGGUGGUGGGACACCGCAAUAAACUUGCAGUUUGCAGGGAUGCGGUGGAGAUACAGGGUCACCAUAUUUUUUCUGGAAAACAUGCCAGUAGUAAAAAUACGCUUGCUAACUGUCUAAAGCUCCAAAGCCUUAUCAGCACAGUUUAUGUAACAAAAUCCCAUUAGUACUGCAAACUGUUCUCACAUGAGUUAGGACAUGAUAUGCUUCAUAAACCUUACAUAUCUAUUUGCUGGUUUUAUGCAUAUAGCACUUGGCUGGGGCUUUUACGUGCAGGUGUAGCUGCAUAUCUUGUGUUAAUUUCUGCCUGUUUUGAAAGCUGCGUAAUAGGAAGGAGAAUAUUUUCCACAACAAAAAGCAGUGUUUCCCUCCCUCCCUCCCUCCCUUCCUUCCUUCCUUCCUUCCUUCCUUCCUUCCUUCCUUCCUUCCUUCCUUCCUUC